AUGAACAGCACCACCCUUUCGCCCGGGGACGUCGUCGCCGGCCCCUCGCGAACCCGCGCGCGCCCGCCCUCUCAGCCCGCCGCGUCUUCGAAAGCGGCGCCGGGGCCAACAACGCGCACGCUGAAACAGCCCAUGACGCUCCGUGUCGCCGAGUCCAGCAUUGCAGGCACGGGCGCGCAGGACAAGGAGGAGUACUUUCGCGCACUGAAGCGUAAGGCUGAACUUGCGCGGCGGGUUGAUAAGUGGAUGGACAGGGUUAUGGAGGAGACGGUGGACCGGGGACCGUUCCAGAAGGCACUCUCCUACAUGCACGCAGGACAAUAUGCCGAGGUCGAGCACGAGCGCCAUCUGAACGGCCUCUGUUCGUACCCGCUCUGCUCAAACCCUCCCGCAGCUCCCUAUCGGGCUCAUAAGCGAUUCCAAAUCAGCGCCAGGGCCAAGACGAUAAAGGAAGUAGAGGGGAACGCGGACGAAGGGUUCUGCAGCAAGAAAUGCCGCGUCAAGUCCCAAUGGGUACGGGAGAAUCUGGGCUCGGAGGCGGCGUGGCUCAGAGGCAAAGUUGCGCCGAUGGAGUUGUUGGAGGAUAUGGAGGAGAGGUGGGAGCUGGUCUGGGAAGGAGGGCGGAAUGGACAGUAUCGACGCGUUAAGCCUGCUGCUGCUGCUGGGGGCGAGGGCAUGGACAUCGACGGCGCCGCUGCCGCCAGCACUGGUGGCAGGAAUACGAUAGCUUCCCAGCCUCCGCCGUUGGCUUCGGCGGUUGGCGGCCAGACCGUGGGCGCUGCUGCUGCUACAUCUGCUCCUCUUGGAGGUGCGGCUGCGGCUGUCCCUCAACCCCGCCCGGCGGCAUCGCAACAGUCCUCCCGGCCCAUGGCGACUCAGGCAUCUGCCGCCGCCGACUCCGCAUCGGCCGCACCUGCCGACGCCCCAGCCCCCGAAGCCAGCGAAGUGCACGACCUCCUCGACACGCUCGUGAUCCGUGAACGCGACACGGCCCGCGACGUCCCCGUGCCGCCGACGCUGAACCCUCCUCCGGCCCAACUCGCCCCGAAACCGCCCUCAGCAACCUCAGCGCGGAAAGCGCGCAACACGUCUUCGAUGAUUGACGGCGCCAACUCGAAACUGGCCCAGAGCGUGCUCACGGCGCAUCGGCAGAUGAAGCCUGUUCUGCAACAGGAAGGGGAUAGCGAGGAGGAGGAAGGGUACCAGGAGCAGGAGUGGGAGAAGGCCAUGGGAUGGGGAGAGGGCAAGGAGCUGGAGGCCAUGUUUGAGGAGGCUAGGCGGGCGAGGGAACUGGCUGGAGAACAGUAG